AUGCCACCAAUUUCAAAUCAAACAAGAAGUGCAGAAGAUAAAUAUGAGCCCAAAAAGUCAAAUGAUAAAAUUAUUACAGUCCUAGCCAGAUCUUUGGAUAUGAUUUAUUUACCUAUUAUUCUUUCCACUUUUCCGUAUGGAUUUGAAUCAAUUUCUGAAGAGUCUGCUAGUGAUGACGUGGAGCCGAUUUCUGUUGAUUUAUUUAAUAGAACAAAUUCUCUUGAAACUGACGAAAUUGGUACUAAUGGCAAUUUGAAAAGGUUUUAUAUUUCUACGGACCAAGAAUUGGAUAAUGUACAUUUGCCGAGUUAA